GAGCUCCACGGCGUGGGGUAAGCAUGCGUCUGAUCUGAGAGCUGUGUGCGCCAGAGCCCUGAUUACUCCACGCUGAGAGGGUCACGGUCCAGGGAUGGGCAGCAAGCACUGAGGGUCACUCAGAGAGAGAGAGAGAGAGAGAAAGAGAGAGAGAGAGAGAGGGAGAGAGAGAACACGCAGGCUGAGCAGGACUCUGACACAGUGAAUAAGGGAGAAUGGUGGCCGAGGAGGUCGUUGUCAGCCUGUCUGGAGGAGCGCCAUGGGGCUUUCGGCUCCAGGGGGGAGCUGAGCAGAGCAAACCUCUCCAAGUGGCCAAGGUGAGGAAGCGCAGUAAAGCCUGCCGCGCUGGUCUGCGAGAGGCUGACGAGCUGCUGGCUAUCAAUGAGCUGUCAUGUGGAGAACUCUCUCACGCCCAGGCCAUGAACCUGAUUGACAAUGGCAGAGGAAUCCUUCACCUGCGUGUCAGAAGGUCAGGGGCCCCUGGCCUGCAGUCCCUGAUGCUGCUCGGGUCCUCCUCCGCUCCUCAUAUGGACGAAGCGUACCGCGCCGCCCUGCAGGCCCUGUCCCCUCCGCUGUCCUCAGCGCCUCUCCGCGGGGGCUCCGGCUGCAUCACGUCUCCGCCGGACAGCGAGGCGUACUAUGGCGAGACGGACAGCGACGCCGACGUAGUGGCCCAGGAGCGCCAGCGCCGGCAGAAGCGCCGAAGCCCCAGCAGCUCCCCGGCCAAGCCGCCGCCGCACGAGGAGGAGGAGGAGGCCUCGGAGAUGAGCGGCUACGAGAGCGCACCCGACGCCAGCGGCUACAUGAGCCAGCUGCAGCACCGCUGGGCCGAGAUGCAGGGCCAGCCGCCCCCUCAGCAGCAGCAGCAGCAGCAGCAGCAGCAGCAUGGGCUACCGGGCGUAGCGCGCAGGGAGGUGGUCUACCAGCCUCCCCCGACCGAGUGGGGGCUCCAGGAGAUCUCGGGCCAGAACUCGGGCCAGAGCAGCCCAAACAACAGCCAGGGGGCGGGGGAGGGGGACAGCGGCUUCCAGGAGGCUCCGGCUGUGAAGCCCCCGCCACUGGUGUCUCCUGAGCGGGCCAGAGAGGCCAUGAUGCUGGCCUCCCGCAGGCAGCUGGUGCCCAUGGUGGGGCCCUUGGAGACGCCUAUGGACGACGAGCUCACAGCCACCUACAAGGACAAAGCCAGACAGGCCAAACUCCACAGAGGUGAGAGCGGCCAGGAGAAGCAGGUGAAGGAGGCCCGCACCAAGUGCCGCACCAUCGCCUCCCUGCUGACAGACGCGCCCAACCCCCAUGCCAAGGGUGUGUUGAUGUUCAAGAAGCGCCGACAGCGCGCCAAGAAGUACACGCUUACCUGCUUCGGCAGUGCAGACGACGCCAGCCUCUCCCGCAGCGAGACUGAAGACGAGGAGGAGGAAGGAAGCAGCUUCCCUGGCAGCGAGUCAGAGCUGGAAGAGGAAGGGUUCGCCGCCUCCACCGAGCCGGACCCGAUCUGGGACAGUGGCUACCUCGACCUACUGGACAAGAGGUCCUCAGCCUGCAUCGGAGAGUUUGACAGUGUCCAGGAGAGCAGCCCAGGGCUGAAUAUGUCGGGGAAGGGUGCUCAGCUGUUUGAACAGCAGAGGCAGCGGGCAGCGAAGCCUGUUGCUCCACCACCCGUCGCAGCCAAGCCGGCCGCAGCGCCGCUAUCGCUCAUGACUGAUGAGCAGCUGGCAGAGAUGACCGCAGAGAUGCCCCCAGCUCCUCCAGCUUACGCAGGCCCGUCGGUGACUGUGAAUUCAGGGAUGGUGAACGGAGAUUCAACGGUGGUGAGCCGCACCAGCGUGGUACUAGCUCCUGCGGGCCAUGCCGUGUCAAUGGCAAGUGGUGGGCCUGACACCAUGGACUCACAAGCUGGCACCAAUGUCCACAACCGGACCGCCAAGCCGUUUGCCGCCGGCUGCGUGGGCAACCGGGCCGCCACUGCCCCCGUGGUAUUCCGGCCCAGCCCUGCCCGGAAGGCGGUGUCCGUGGCCAACAUGCCAGCAGCCUUCUCUUCUUCCAGCGGUCCAGAGGUGAAGCGAGCAGUCUCCUCCACCUCCCUCUACAUCCCUGCCCGGCCCGCCACUGUGAGUGGACCUCCCUCAGCAGGGGCGUCUCCCCUCUCUCCACGCACCUCUGUGUCUGUGGCCUCCUUCCCCCCUCCGGCCGCACAUCCAGCUCCUCAUCCUGCUCAUCAGGCUACUUAUUCAGCUCCUCACUCUGCUCCUCAUCCGGCUCCUCGUUCUGCUCCUCACCAGGCUACUUAUUCAGCUCCUAAUUCUGCUCCUCAUCCGGCUCCUCAUCCAGCUCCUCACCAGGCUACUUAUUCAGCUCCUAAUUCUGCUCCUCGUCCGGCUCCUCACCAGGCUACUUAUUCAGCUCCUAAUUCUGCUCCUCAUCCAGCUCCUCGUUCUGCUCCUCACCAGGCUACUUAUUCAGCUCCUAAUUCUGCUCCUCAUCCGGCUCCUCACCAGGCUACUUAUUCAGCUCCUCACCAGGCUACUCAUCAGACUCCUCAUUCUGCUCCCCCUGCCUUCUCCCAGGCCCCUGGGCAACCCCCAUCCUAUAACCCACCUCCCCCUGCUAUGAGCCAGCCGUAUUCUCCUUCCUCCUCCAUGGCCUCUGCACCCUUCUCCCCACCAGCUCCUCACGCCACCCCCUACUCUCCUCAAGAGGCUCCAGCCUACUACCCCCCUCAGUCCAUGCCCUACUCUGCUCCUGCUCCUCCUCCUGUGCCCUCCAAACCUUACUCCUCACCUCAUUCCCAAGCUGCACCUUUCUCCCCUCCCCCUCACCAAAACAUGCCCCUUUCACCUCCUCACCAGCCGAGCGCCCCCUUCCCUCCUCCCUCCACCAUGACCAUGUCCUACUCCCAGCCCCCUGCCAACGUAGCCUCCACGUACCCCCCAGCUCCUGUGUCUGCUCCUUAUGCGCCAUCCCAGCCAGUUCCUGCCUCCCCCCCCAACCUGGCGCCACCGCCCACAGCUCCUAAGGUCUCCUUCAACCCCUACGUUGAUGUGUCGGCGUCGCCUCAGCCUCCCGCCAUGGCGUCUCCUCAGCCGUGCCAGGCGGCGGGCGUGGGGCCAGAGGCGCUGGCGUCUCGAGAGCAGCGGAUCGCCGUGCCAGCGGGGAAGACCGGCAUCUUGCAGGACGCUCGCAAGCGGAGCAGCCGCAAGCCCAUGUUCAGCGCGCCGGAGGAGAAGAAGGGCCUCUCUCCGAACCCCGCGCUGCUGAACAUGGUGCAGAACCUGGACGAGAGGCCCCGGGGGGACCCGGGCUUCGAGUCUGGCCCUGAGGAGGACUCCCUCAACCUGGGCGCCGAGGCCUGCAACUUCAUGCAGAUCCAGAGAGGCGGCAGGCACCCUCCUCCGCCUGUGGCCCCCAAGCCGUCUCGCGCCGCCACCGGCCCGCCUCCUCCGCCCUCCCUGCAGACCGGAGGCAAGGGGGCCGAGCUGUUCGCGCGCCGGCAGAGCCGCAUGGAUCGCUACGUGGUGGACAAGCAGCAACCGCAUCCGAUGUCCCCUGCCCAGCCCCGCGAUCCCUCCCCCACCCCAUCUCUUCCCGCCCACUGGAAGUAUUCCUCCAGCAUCAGGGCCCCUCCUCCCAUCAACUACAACCCCCUGCUGUCCCCCUCCUGCCCCCUGGUCGCCCAGCGUGCCCCCAGAGCCUCGGAGGCCCCUCGCGUGGCCCACAAACCGGGCGUGAAGGCGCUGGACUACAUGAGCCGCCAGCCCUACCAGCUCAACUCGUCCCUCUUCAGCUACGGGGGUGGAGUGCCUCAGCAGCCGCAAGGCGCCUCCCUCACCACACCCCGACAGGUGCCAGUCAAGGCGGCGCGCGUCUACGAGAUCAAGCGCUUCUCCACUCCCACCCCCAUGUCGGCGCCCACCUCCCUGACCCCAACCGUCAUCGUGCCGCGCUCGGCCACCACGUUGGCCGAGCCCAUCUGGAGGUCUGAGGUGGCGUCCCCCCCGCCUCGGGCCCCUGCACCUGCCCCUUACACCCCUACACCCACCCCUUACACCCAGGCGCCCGCCCCGUACUCCCCUGCUGCCCGACCCCCACCCCCAUCAGUGACCCUCCCUGCCCUGCCCCACUUCCAGGGCUCAGCCCACGGGCCGGCUCCUGCCCAGGCGUACGGCUCCCACUUCCAGGGCUCAGCCCACGGGCCGGCUCCUGCCCAGGCGUACGGCUCCCAGUUCCAGGCUGCCAAGCAGUUCAAGAGUGCCCCUGAGCUGAGUCCCCUGUCGGUGAACCCCGCCCUGCGCUCCAGCAGCACCCAGCCCAACCUCAGGGUGCCCCGGCCACGCUUCAGCACCUCCAACGCGGGUCUGCAGCCCAACGUGUGGAGACCCGGCUCCAUGAUCCACUGAGGGAGGGAGGGAGAAGAAGCAGUAGCACAGAGGAAACAUCCGGAAUGUGAUCCAUACAUGGCGUCAUGUGCUACUAGCACCUGUUUUCUCAAAGAAAAUCAAUCAAUUUUCACAGUAAUUGAUUGAUCUACAGUAAUGUUUUGAUUCACUUAUAUAACUCUAAGUGAGCAGUCACUUGUAGCAGUCUCUUUAUCAAAAGUGCAUUUAUCAGUGAGUAACAAUUUCAUGUGUGCAGUGUCCAGAUUCUCUACAGUAUGCAUAUAUCAUUAGAUUUAAACUGAUCUAGAUUUUAUGGCAUUAGAUUUAAACUCUGUAUUUACCUUCACUGACACACAAAUGGCAAUGCUGAAAGAAAAAUGUGUUAUUUUACAGUAAGUGUUCACUAACAGAUCUGAACACAUUUCAAGUCAUGAUGAUAUUUAUGGAAAAGCAUUAUGGAAAGGUUGAGCAUUCUACAGUAAUGUAUUCUACAAGGAAUGGCUGCAUUUAAAAGCACAGUAGAUUCACUUUUUAUUGACUAAAAGGCUAUGUGUGCACUCUGUUCUACAAUUAAUGUUGUUUUAACACACAAACAAUUUAACACGUUGUCAUUGUUUUUUGUUUGUUCAAACAUUAUUGUAUUCUGUCUUUUGCUACCUAGAUGUUCUACUGCGUAUAAUUGUAUAGCUUGCAUAUUGUAUUAUUUUCUCUAGCCUUGGCUAUAACAUGAUGGAUUCAGUGGUUGUCUUCAUUUCAUGGCUCCCUGAGUUUGCGCUGGAUUGUUUAUGGUUCUUUUGAGCUUCUAUUUGUCACUGCCAGAGAUGCAGCCCAGCUUCCGUUAGAAUCCUUGUUGCUAUUCAGCCUCAUAGAUACAAUGUAUGUCUAUGCUAUUUUAUAGGGACACCGGACAACGCCAUGAAUUUGAUGUUCUAUUUCUGAAGUUCUGUGAGAUGUAUAACUUUCGUGGUGGGAAAUGUUUAUGUUUUGGUAAUAACUGGGGGCCAAGCAGAAGGAAAAUCAAGUGAAGACAAACAGCAUCAUCAAAGACGAUGGUGAUGACAAGGUCGUUCUUUAAAAAAAGCAUUAAAUGAAAUGUGGAAGAGGGAAAAAAAAGUGUGAAGGAAUAAAAAUAGACCACAAGUGUGUCCCGGAGAAGCAGGUCGAGAGGAAACGUGUGUGACUGUGUGUCAUGUUUUUCUGUUGUUCAGCCUUCCUAGUCUGCCAGUUCACCUGAGCUCACCUCCUCCGCCACUUUAAUGAAAGCGGUGACAGACAAACAGACGCUCAGAUCAAUUAAAUAAUAAAUCUGUCCCUGGCAGUGACAGCGAGUCACUGACUCUCUCAAAGCCCCUGGUGUCUAGCAGCAGAGUGAAUAGAAAACUCGGCACGGUGGCGUUAGAAGGGAUACCGUUUUUUUUUUCACCAGGUGGGUUAGAAGCUGCUGUACAUAAAAGGAACACAGAGCAUGUACGUGCACUAGAAUGGACAAGGAACAGGAGACAGGAGGUAUAUUGAGAUAUGCCAUUAUCUUUACUCUAAUGUGUUUUGAAUCAUUUACUGUAUUGUCUACGUACUGUGGGAUGGCCCAGUGGGUGAGCCUCGUCUCCACUUGUAUAACCCCAGAGAGCGGAACCCCAGGAGGCCCGUUAGCACCCCGAGCUCCUCUACGCGCUCCAGAGGCACGGUGUGAAGCAGGGGUGUGUGACUGUGAUAGACAGGUCCACACCACACAUUAUUUGGGCCUGGCCAUCGCUGAUGAAGCACACAUGGCAGCCCAUCUCACUGACCUUUUCGGAGUGAAUCCUGUGAGGUACGGUACGGACUCAGUAUGAAUAUGUUUGAGGACUGGCUAGAAUAGUUUUCUGGGUUUUUUGUAGUAAAAAAGAUAGCCUACUGUUAUGGGCCGAAAGCAGGUAAUAGGUGUCUAGAAAUGAAAGUAAAGCUGAUCUCUGCAGCUUUGCAGGUUGCUAGUACACCAUGGCAGAGUCAGUGCCUUGCUGUGUGCAGGGAGAGAAUGAGAGAGAAUGGACCUCAGAUCAUAGAGGUGCAGCUAGUUUUUCCUGUGUGUUUUUAACAUGGUCUCUUGUGUCAUUUGCUUUCAGAUGUUCACGUCAUUUGUAUAGUUGCUUUCAUGUUUCAUGUAAUAUUUUAAGUUCACUUCAUGCCACGGUUGACAAAAAUGGCAACAUGAUCAAGUUUUUUUUUUAGCUUUUUAUAGGUGGCUGAAAUGUAGUUGAAUUGUAACAGAUCCGGAGCAAGAUACUGCUAGUGAAAAAAAUAGGUUGUUGUUUUAAUGUUGGUGGUAUAGGACAUACUUGUCCUUGCCUGGGAGGCUGGGUUUUGGGUAUUGAGAGUCCAAGAAGAAUAAAAAUAGAACUGAA